AUGUCUUUCCUUCAUAAUCAUUCUUGCGAGUGCAUUAAGUCAGAAUUGGAUUUGUUUGCACUACCGUCUACACAAACUAGCAUUGAAAAUGGAUUGUGGAUUCAUUAUAAACCAAUUUCAUCUCUUGGUGAUGAUGGACCUAUCGAGUUUCAAGUUCCUGGGACCGGCGAUGACUACAUAGAUUUGUCUCAUACAUUACUCCACAUAAAGGCAAAAGUAUUAAAUCAAGAUUCAACUAACUUGGUAUCUACUACAAUAGUAGCACCUGUAAAUAAUUGGCUGCAUUCACUUUUUAGUCAACUUGAUGUUUAUUUAAACCAAAAACUUGUAUCACCACCUAAUAAUACCUAUGCAUAUCGAGCAUACAUGGAAACCCUUUUAAACUAUGCCUCUGCUGCUAAACAAUCUCAUCUUACUUGUAGUCUUUGGUAUGAGGAUACAGCAGGAAAAAUGGAUUCUACAGAUGGUAAAAACAUAGGAUUUGUUAAAAGACAGGAAUUGAUUAGUGAAAGUAAGGAAAUAGAAAUGAUUGGUCAUCUUCACGGUGACAUUUUUAACCAAGAUAAAUUUUUAAUUAAUGGUGUUGAAAUGAGUGUUAAAUUGGUUCGAUCAAGAGAGAGUUUUAAUUUAAUUGUUGGGUCGAACGAUGUAAAGUUUAAAGUUUGCAUUACGGACGCAACUCUUAUUGUGCGACGAGCACGAAUUAAUCCAAGUGUAUUACUCGCACAUCAAAAAGUUUUAGCUUCUACCACUGCUAAAUAUCCUAUUACUCGAGCUGAAGUAAAAGUUUUAACAAUUCCUUCAGGUGUUCAAGGAAAAACUCUUGAUAAUAUAUUUUUAGGACAGGUACCGAAAAGAUGUAUAAUUGGAUUUGUGAACAAUUCUGCAUUUAAUGGUUCCCUUACUAAAAAUCCAUUUAACUUUGAAAACUAUGGUAUUAAUUCUUUCAGCUUAUAUAUUGAUGGUCAACAAAAACCUUCAAAAGCUUUGCAACCAUCUUUUAAUAAUAGCAUAUUUACAUCAGCAUAUCAUACUCUAUUCUCGGGAACUGGUAUUCACUUUCUUAAUGAAGGAAAUGGAAUCUCUUGUGAACAGUAUGGCAAAGGUUACUGUCUAUUAGCAUUUGACUUAACUCCUGAUUUAUCAGCUAACUCAUCAACUCAUUGGAAUCUCAUAAAGCAUGGUAGUGUAAGAAUAGAAGUACGAUUUGAAUCCUCAUUAAUACAAACAAUUAACUGUAUAGUUUAUGCUGAGUUUGAUAAUAUUAUUGAGAUAGAUAAAAACAGAAAUGUUACUGUAGACUAUAGUAGUUAA